UCUUUGAAAUCUUACUUAAAACUUGGCCACAGAGGUUCUAUUUCUCAUCUCGAACGAAGUUAAUCGUACUUCUCAACUCUAGAUUCCAUUCAAUAUGGAUGUUUGGUGAGCGAGUUGGGUGGCUUUCUUCAGGAGUCUUAUUAAAAAAAUACCUAUCUUAAAUAAUCAAUAAAUUAUGGCUCCUCGUAAGGGUAAAGUGAAGGAAGAACAGCCAGUUGUUGCUUUAGGUCCUCAAGCAUUAGAAGGCGAAAACGUAUUUGGAGUUGCUCAUAUUUAUGCCAGCUUUAAUGAUACCUUUGUGCAUGUCACAGACUUGUCUGGAAGGGAAACCAUUGCACGUGUCACUGGUGGCAUGAAAGUCAAAGCAGACAGAGAUGAAGCUUCUCCAUACGCUGCGAUGUUAGCUGCACAAGACGUUGCUGAAAAGUGCAAAACAGUAGGAAUAACAGCUCUUCAUAUUAAAUUAAGAGCAACUGGUGGAACAAGAACCAAAACACCUGGUCCUGGUGCUCAGUCAGCUUUGCGUGCGUUAGCCCGUAGUGGAAUGAAAAUAGGAAGGAUAGAGGACGUUACUCCUAUUCCAUCAGAUACCACACGAAGGAAAGGUGGACGUCGUGGUAGAAGAUUGUAAACAGAUCAAUAUCUUUCAAAUAAAGAAAAAAAAACC